AUGGAAUGGGAACAAGAUUUAAUUCAACAUCAAAUAGAACAUCAUGAAGUCUAUGGAAGAUAUAUCGAUGAUAUUUUUAUGACAACAAAUAAAACCAUGGACGACAUUAAUAUUGAACUUGAAAAAGCAAAACACAAAGAUAUUAAUAUCAAAAUUGAACCUACAAUAAGCAAAUCUGUUCAUUAUCUCGAUGUAACUAUCACAAAUGAAAAUGGUCAAUUAAGAACAUAUAUGUUUCAUAAACCAACUGCUGAACCUUAUAUUUUACCAUAUAAAUCAGAUCAUCCACGUCAUAUGCAUCGAAACAUUGUCUAUGCAGCAUUAUUACGUGCCGCUCGUAUCUGCUCACAUGUAAAUGAUUUCAAUUCAGCAUGUAUUCGUAUUGAUCUAUCAUUAUUAUUAAAUGGUUAUCCAGCACACUUUAUUACUCAACAAUUCAAUAGAUUCUUUCAUCUAAAUGAUGCAUUACAUAUAUUACAACAAAUAAAUGAGCAGGUUUACUCUCGUUUACAUCACAAUUUAUUAUAUCAACCAACACUUCGUGAGAAAAAAUUUCAAGCAAUGAUGGAAGAUCCAAUUAAAACACCAUUGGUAUUACAACCAAAAAUAUGGAACAAAGAAAUAAUGUAUCCACGUUAUUUAUUUGAUACUUCAUUGACAGUCAGCUUUCGACAAGAAUUCACAAAUUGGUGGAGAACAUAUUAUGCAUUUUCCGGAUCACCACUUGAACAAAUUAAAGUACGACUAAUUCCUAUUACUGGUCGUACACUUGAAACUUUCUUCAUACAUAAAAAACCUCCACGAGCAAUGUUAACCAAAAUGGAACCAAGAUCUUGA